GAAGCCGAAGGGACCAGAGAGCCCGAGGAGGAUUUCUCGAAGCUCUCCGUGAAGGAGCUGAAGCAAAAGCUUGAAGAUCUCGCCAUCACCAUCCCAGUAGGCAUCGCUGAGAAAGGGGAGCUUGUGGAGCUCCUGAAGUCGCACAAGCCCCCCGAGAAGCCGAAGAAGAUGGAUUUCUUCGAAUACCUGAAGACGAAUCAGGGCGGCAAGGGCGACGGCAAGGCGGCCAAGGGGAAGGACAAGGGCAAGGACAAGGACAAGGGCAAGGAGACAAGGAGAAGGGCAAGGACGACGAGAAGGCCCAGAGGAAGCGAGAGAGGACGGGAGAGGCGGCGAGGCGAGAAGGCCGACCGGGGGAAGGGCAAGGGCAAGGACAGGGGGGAAGGGGCUCCAGAAGGGGAAGCAGGCGCCGGGCGGCCACGGCGGCAGCGCGAACAGCACGCCGCUGGGCGGCGCCGCAGGAGGGGAGCGUGCCGGCGAAGCACAUGCCCAACAAGGCCCCCAAGAUGGCGGCCCCGGGUCACAUGCCGACGAGGCCGAUGA